AUGAAGCUCGAAUCCCUCGCCUGCGCCGCACUGGCCGCGACAGCCUUGUCGGCACCCACUUCCACUUCAUCGUCUGCGAAAGCCAAAUUCAGCUGGAAAAAAAUAAAAUCCCUCAUCGCCUUCGGCGACUCGUACACCUUUGUGCAAGGUCUCAAGGGCCACCCUAACUACACCUACAUUGGCGACAACUUCGACAUCUCUUUCACGCCAGCCGAACUCUUCGAGAACCGCAUCGUGCAGAAUCUGACGGCGACUGCGUCCGGCGGCCCCGUUUGGACUGAGUGGAUCACCGACUGCGGCGUCAAACCCGGCCUCAUAGAUCCACGGACAUGCAACAAACAGCUCUGGGACUUCGCCUACGCCGGUAGCAACACAAACACCGCGUUGACACCGCUGCACUGGAACCACACGGUCAGCCUGGAGCGACAAAUUGAGCAGUUUGAGAUGUACGGCGACCCGGCACUGCAGCGCGUGUUGAAGAGGAAAGAAGCGCUGGCCGCAGUCUGGAUUGGCAUCAACGACAUCAACGACCUGGCCAAACUGCGCGGCAAGAACGCAACCUUCGCGCCGCUGUACGAGUCUGUCAUCACCGCCCAACAGCAACUAUGGGAGCACAUCUACGCCCUCGGAUACAAGAACCUCCUGCUCCUCAACCUCCCGCCGCUUGACCGCGGUCCAAGCCCCAGCGUCAAUAAGACACUCGUGAGCACGUACAACUCCAUCCUGGCUGAGCACGCGUCAUCCUUCGCGGCCGCACACGAGGAUGCAAAUGUCCUGCAGUUCGAUGUCAAUACGGUGCUGAACGGCAUCUUCGACAACGCCGCGAGCUACGGAUUCACCAACACGACGAACUUUUGCCCGGGAUACAAUCAGCCGGACAUCCUCAGCAAUCCGGCGAAGUACGGGUGCGGAGAGGGAUUGGAUACGUAUUUGUGGUACAACUCUGGACAUUUGACGAGUAGGGUGCACGAGGUGUUUGGCAAGGUGCUCGUCAAGUGGUUGGGGGAGCAGGGGCAUACUUAG